CUUUCCCCGCCAUGUGCCUCUCUCUCAUAAUUUUCUCUCUCUAGGGCUUCCUCACCUUCUCUCCCAAUCCACUUCCUCUCACUAAAAACCCUAAUUCGCGCUACAAUCUAUCAGAUUCUCUGCAUUUGAACUCUCAAUGAGCAGUAGUAGAUGUGUAUGUAGUGUGUAUUGUUGGAUCUCCGGUUGAUCAGAUGUCGAAUUCCGGCGACGGAGCUCCCCGAGGUAUCAGCCUCCCCAACACAGUCCAUUCCGAAGUCGCGCCGUGCUUGCCUCUUCCGUCGCUGCCGGUGUUCUGCGGCGCUAUCGAUGAGGAGCUGCGGUUGUUCGAUGAGCGGAGUAGUUCGAGGUCGUUGAAUCGAAAUGAUGUGAUUAACCAGGCUAGCAAGAUCGCUGAUCUGCUUCGAGCAACUGAUGUCUCUUACUUGAAUCUUCGACCUGAAGCAACUUGUCUUCCUUGUGGCUUUUUAGAGCCUUUAGAUCUUUACAAUGAAGUUCUUCAAUUCAAUUCUGAAGCAUUCAAAUGCAUUACACCAGGUCCUAUCAAGGAACAGUUUUAUAGUAGUACGGUAUCUGAAAAAAAGCCUUUUGACGAGAGUCUACCUAUUGCUAGUCAACCGCAAAGAGACUUUGGAGGAACUUAUAAUCAUCAGCCUGACUACGUUCUUGCUAACGACACAUUUACAUCUUCUAGAAAACCGAAAGUAAAGAAGAAAGGAAGUGAUGAAUAUCCAUCAUCAACUGCUCCAGAUCCCAUUGAGCUUCAAGAUGCUGCCAUUCGAGUCUUUUGUGAGUUCUUGGAGGAUUUAUGUGGCAGAGCAGAAAUUCCUAGCGAUGACCGGGAUGAUGCAGAAUGGUUACAGUUGCCUGUUGCUGAUCUUAGAAUGCUUGUGAAUGAGAUUAUAUCAAUCCGAGCAAAGAAAUUCCUACAUUUGGUUCCUGUAGAUGUCCUUGUGAGACUGUUGAGGGUUUUAGAUCAUCAGAUUCAUCGAGCAGAAGGUUUAUCAGUUAAUGAAAGUGAAAAUUCAGAUUCAGAUGUAGUGUCAUCAGUCUGUGGUGCUCUUGAGUCCAUUCAUGCUGCUCUAGCCAUAAUGGCUUAUAAUGACAUGCCAAAGCAACUCUAUAAAGAAGAGAUCAUUGAAAGAAUUCUGGAAUUCUGUAAGCAUCAAAUUGGGGACGUUAUGUCAGCUUGUGAUCCAGCAUAUCGUGCUUUGCACAAGCCUAGUGAAAAUGGGAUUCUUGAAGGUGAAGAAGAUGAGGAGGCUGAUACUGAUUUUGGUUCUGCAAGCAAGAGAAGGCGUACUUUUAAGAGUGCGAAAGUGAAGAAAUCAUCAGUGAACAAGUCUAUAUGUUUUGGCCUUGUUAGGGUCUCUGCUGCUGUGAACACCAUACUCCAAAAACUGUGCACCAUUCUUAGUUUUCUGAAGGAUUUGUUGACAAUAGAGCGCUUAUCAGAUAGUUGCAUUAUGCAAUUGCUGAAGACAAGCUUCACAACAUUCUUGGUGGAUAAUAUCCAGCUCUUGCAACUGAAAGCAAUUAGUCUAAUUAGUGGGAUUUUUUACACAUACUUGCAGCAUCGGACUUAUGUGAUAGAUGAAGUGCUUCAGUUGCUUUUAAAGUUACCAUUCUCGAAGCGAAUACCCAGAACUUAUCAUCUACCUGAUGAGGAACAGAGGCAGAUUCAGAUGAUCACUGCUUUGCUGAUUCAGUUGGUUCACUCUAGUGCAAAUCUUCCUGAGGUUUUAAGGCAAGCAUCAAAUGGAAAUCCUAUUUUUGAGGUCUUAAUUGAUGCCAGUGACCCCACCAAAUGCCAUGAGGCUGUCACCGAAACGUGUUGCCUUUUUUGGAGUCGUGUCCUUCAGCGAUUUACAAGUACAAAAACUCAGGAUGCAUCUGAAUUGAAAUCAAUGAUGGAGAACCUUGUUUUGGAUUUGCUUACAACAUUGAAUCUGCCUGAAUAUCCUGCUUCUGCUCCCAUUCUGGAGGUUCUCUGUGUCUUAUUACUCCAGAAUGCUGGGCUGAAAUCCAAAGAUAUUGCUGCACGUUCCAUGGCCAUUGACCUCCUUGGUACGAUUGCUGCAAGGUUGAAACAUGAUUCUGUCCUUAACAGGAGGGAAAAAUUAUGGAUAGUGCAGGAGUUGAUUAGUGGAGAUAAUGUUGAAUGCAGUUACCCAAAUGAUGCAUGUGCUUUGUGUAAGGAUGGAAGGAUUGAAAAACCCUUGUUUUUAUGUCAAGGUUGUCAGAGAUUAUUUCAUGCAGACUGCAUGGGAGUUAUAGAACAUGAAGUUCCUAGCCGUGGUUGGUACUGUCAGUUCUGUGACUGUAGGAAACAACUUAUUGUUUUACAGUCAUACUGCAAAUCACAUUGCAAGAAUGACGGCACGAAAAAUAGUGGUCCAUCAAAAAAAUCAUCUGAAAUUACUGAUUCAAUUGAAAAAGUAGAGAUUGUUCAGCAGAUGCUUUUGAACUACCUCCAGGAUGGUGGUUCCGCUGAUGAUGUCCAUCUCUUCACCCGCUGGUUUUAUCUUUGCCUAUGGUACAAGGAUGAUCCAAACUCCCAACAGAAGUUCUACCACUACCUUGCACGACUGAAGUCAAAAACCAUUGUGCGCAACUCUGGGAUUAUUUCUUCAUUAUUGACAAGGGAUUCGGUCAAGAAGAUAGCUUUAGCAUUGGGACAAAACAAUUCGUUCUCCCGAGGUUUUGAUAAGAUUUUGCAUAUGCUUCUGGCAAGUUUAAGGGAGAAUUCUCCCGUGAUUCGUGCCAAGGCAUUACGAGCUGUUAGUAUUAUCGUAGAAGCUGAUCCGGAGGUUUUAUGUGAUAAAUUUGUCCAAACGGCUGUUGAAGGAAGGUUUUGCGACUCUGCUAUAUCUGUCAGAGAAGCUGCACUGGAACUUGUUGGUCGGCAUAUUGCAUCUCAUCCUGAUGUUGGUUUGAAGUAUUUUGAGAAGGUUGCUGAGAGAAUAAAGGAUACUGGAGUUAGUGUUCGAAAACGGGCUAUCAAAAUCAUAAGAGAGAUGUGCACAUCAAAUGCUAACUUCUCAGAAUUUACGAGGGCUUGCAUUGAGAUUAUUUCUCGUGUUAGUGAUGAUGAAUCCAGUAUUCAGGAUCUUGUCUGCAAGACAUUUUAUGAAUUCUGGUUUGAGGAACCUUCUGGUUCGCAAACUCGUCUCUUUGGAGGUAGUAGUUCUGUUCCAUUGGAAUUGGCUAAGAAAACUGAGCAGAUUGUUGAGAUGUUGAGGAGGAUGCCAAAUCAUCAACUUCUUGUUAGUGUCAUUAAGCGUAACUUAGCCCUUGAUUUUUUACCACAAUCAGCUAAAGCUGUUGGUAUAAAUCCUGUCUCUCUUGCAUCUGUACGCAAGCGUUGUGAAUUAAUGUGCAAAUUCUUGCUGGAAAGGAUAUUGCAGGUAGAGGAAAUGAAUAAUGACGAAGAAGAGGUGCGCACACUUCCGUAUGUGCUUCUCUUGCAUGCUUUUUGUGUUGUGGAUCCUACACUCUGUGCUCCAGCUUCUGAUCCUUCCCAAUUUGUGGUUACUUUACAGCCAUAUUUAAGGAGUCAGGCUGAUAAUCGAGUUAUAGCACAGUUACUAGAGAGUAUAAUCUUUGUAAUUGAUUCUGUUCUGCCCUUGCUUCGAAAGCUUCCUCAAAAUGUUGUGGAAGAACUUGAACAAGACCUAAAGCAGAUGAUUGUUCGGCAUUCUUUCUUGACAGUUGUCCAUGCCUGCAUCAAGUGCCUGUGCUCUGUGAGUAAAGUGGCAGGGAAAGGUUCAGCUGUAGUAGAGUAUCUUGUUCAGGUGUUUUUCAAGCGUUUGGAUGCCUUAGGAUUUGAUAACAAGCAGCUAGUUGGGCGAUCUCUUUUCUGCCUUGGGUUGCUUAUUCGUUAUGGAAACUCUUUGCUGAGUACAUCCUGCUCCAGUAACAAAAAUAUAGAUGUCAAGAACAGCCUCAACUUGUUUAAAAAGUAUCUUCAUGCAGAAGAUUUUGUUCUAAAGGUCAGAUCGUUGCAGGCAUUAGGUUAUGUUUUGAUUGCUAGGCCUGAAUAUAUGUUGGAAAAGGAUGUUGGGAAAAUUUUGGAGGCAACACUCUCUUCUAGUACUGACGUGCGACUUAAGAUGCAAGCGUUGCAAAAUAUCUACGAGUAUCUUCUUGAUGCAGAAAGUCAAAUGGCAACUGAUAAUACCAUUGAUAAUGCGGUUAAUUAUUCCGUAGAUGGUGGCCACAGUGUUCCUGUUGCUGCAGGUGCCGGUGAUACUAAUAUCUGUGGGGGAAUAGUUCAAUUGUAUUGGGAUAACAUCUUAGGAAGAUGUUUAGAUGUGAAUGAACAAGUUCGCCAAUCUGCUGUGAAGAUUGUGGAAGUUGUGCUACGUCAAGGUCUAGUUCAUCCUAUUACUUGUGUCCCAUACCUUAUUGCUCUUGAAACAGAUCCUGAGGAGGCAAACUCAAAGCUGGCUCAUCAUCUUCUGAUGAAUAUGAAUGAAAAGUAUCCAGCAUUUUUUGAAAGCCGUUUGGGAGAUGGCCUUCAAAUGUCCUUUAUUUUCAUUAGGUCCAUGGGUGGAAGUUCUGAAAAUUCAAACCCAAAAGUCCAACUCAAGGUACCUGAUAGUAUGAAAGGGAAAUUCGAUAAUGGCUCUUUCAACUAUGCAAGGCUUGGUGUUUCUCGAAUCUACAAGCUGAUCCGCGGGAAUCGUGUUUCAAGGAACAAAUUUAUGUCGUCGGUAGUGCGCAAAUUCGAUACUCCAAGCUGGAAUCCUUCAGUCAUCCCUUUUCUGAUGUACUGUACUGAAAUCCUUGCUUUACUCCCUUUCACAUUGCCUGAUGAGCCGCUUUACUUGAUUUAUGCCAUAAAUCGAGUUAUACAAGUUAGAGCUGGUACACUUGAAGCAAAUAUGAAAGCCUUUCUGCAUUCAUUACAAGAAGAUGCAAAGAUAAUUCAUGGGAAUGGGAUAACUCCGCAGUGGCCAUCUUCGCAACCUGUUUCCAGUCAUACUAUAUCAAUGGAUCUUAAUGGGACAGUUAAGGACGAGUCAGCUGAUGAGCCUGUUUCUAAUCAUUCAGCGUCUGUGGAUUCAAAUUUGCAUUCUAGGAGUCCAUGCAAUUCACGUGGCAUAUCUGAAGAUGAUUUGCAGAAAAUACAGGCUGACUGUCUCUCGGCUAUUGCGCUACAGCUACUUCUGAAACUAAAGAGGCAUCUAAAAAUUGUGUAUGGUCUAAAUGAUACACGAUGUCAGGAGUUCUCUCCAAAUGAACCCCUAAAACCGGGAGAGGCUCUCUCAAAGCAGAACAUUCCCUUCAACACCAAUGAAACACGCAUUGAUCUGCCUAUUAAUCAUGAAGAAGUGUUGCAAAGAUAUCAGGAAUUCAAGACUGCUUUGAAGGAAGACACUGUUGACUAUUCAACAUACACAGCGAACAUCAAAAGGAGACGGCCUCCUUCGAGGAGAGGGGGGAGGUCUGGGCGUGGUGCAGGCAGGGAUGAUGAAGAUUAUGAUGACGAUGAAGAUUGGGGAGGAAGUGGAAGUGGGGCCCGGAGGCUAAAUAACAGUGGGAGGAAAAGCAUCAGUAGUAGAGGUAGGCAGUGGUCGUAGUUUGUAAAUACAUUUACAGGUAAAUCUAACAUCAUGUAUAUUAUGUAGGAAGGGGGGGGAAGAAAGGGAAAAAAAGGAGGUUAGAAUUGAGAACAGAAAAAGUAAUAGAAUAUUGAUGCAAAACCAGUACUGCCAUAUAUUUCAGAAGGUUGUGGCAGAGGAGCGAUUUUUGUAAUUGAUUCCCUCAUGUAAAUUCUUUGUUUUUUUUUUUUUUUUUUUUUUUCUCUUUCUGGAAAUCAUGUAACUUGGUUGGGUCAAUGGUAUUGAUUAUCCCAUUUUUUUGUUCAUUGUUUAA